AUGAAUAUGUUGGAUGAUGAAGAUGACCAAAGCUUUCACGCUACGCGUGACGGCUACUCCCAUUUGAGCGAUGUCGAAUGGGAUGCGGUUGAACGAAUGGGUUCGACCAUGGGCAUCCAUGCUGUUAGCGUCAUGCUAGAGGCUCUCAAUAGAGAUGCCCAACAUGCUACUAUCGCCAAGUUCAUUCAAAAUGAACUUGACGCAGAACGCGAGAAAGUAGCCUUGCUUCACCAACAAGGUUCUCAACAAGCAGAGUUGUUGAGAGAACAAGGUGCUCAACAGUUUGAACUGUUGAGACAGCAGCAGGCUGCUGCUGGCGGGUCGAUGCACUCGCGUCGGCCCGAGACUUUGAAGAUUGACAUCUCAAAGGCGCGUCGCAUCGACGACGGGGAUAUGCAAGUUGCAUUUGCCCAGUCAAAUCUGGCAGGACGUGCCAAGACUUGGGCACUGGGGCUCAAGCUGCACGACCCAUACGCGUUUGGGUCGUUGGAAGUCUUCAAGUCGCGGCUCAGACAAACGUUUGAACCGCCUAGAGCUGAGUUCAGAGCUUGA